AAGACACUGUGAGGAGAGGGAGUACUGCUGUUUUAGAGAACAGGCAUUUGGGAGGCGGGGUUUGGGAAGCUUUGGGAACGUUCGUUUGGAAGAAAAACCUCUCGAUGGGAGUAUAAAUACCCACUGAGAAGAACCCUGACAACACUGAUCAAGCAGCAUGAAGCUGUUUCUAUUGCUUGCAGUGGUUGGGCUAGGCUGGGCUCAGUAUGACCCUCACACCAAACCCGGCAAAACAUCUAUUGUCCACUUGUUCGAAUGGCGCUGGGAUGAUAUUGCUCUUGAAUGUGAACGUUACUUAGCACCCAAUGGAUUUGGGGGAGUCCAGAUUUCUCCUCCCAGUGAAAAUGUGGUGAUCAAUAACCCCUCAAGACCUUGGUGGGAAAGAUACCAGCCAAUUAGCUACAAAAUUUGUACCCGAUCUGGAAAUGAAGAUGAAUUCAGAGCCAUGGUGACCAGAUGUAACAAUGUUGGCGUGCAUAUUUAUGUGGAUGCUGUCAUCAAUCACAUGUGUGGAGCCAAUAUUGGUCAGGGAUCAAGUACCUGUGGAAGCUUUUUCAAUUCAGCCACCAGGGAAUUUUCUGAAGUUCCUUAUUCAGGUUGGGACUUUAAUGAUGGCAAAUGCAAAACUCAUAGUGGAGAUAUUGAAAACUACAAUGACCCUUAUCAGGUUAGAGACUGUCGUCUAGUCAGUCUUCUUGACCUUGCCCUGGAAAAAGAUUAUGUUCGUUCCAGAGUUGCCAAAUACAUGAACAAGCUGAUUGACAUAGGUGUGGCUGGAUUCAGAAUUGAUGCUUCCAAACAUAUGUGGCCUGGUGACAUGAAGGCAAUUUUGGAUAAACUGCAUAAUCUAAAUACACACUGGUUCCCAGCAGGAGCAAAACCUUUUGUCUACCAGGAGGUAAUUGACCUAGGGGGCGAACCCAUUACGAGUAGUGAGUAUUUUGGAACUGGUCGGGUGACAGAAUUCAAAUAUGGUGCCAAACUUGGCACGGUUCUGCGCAAGUGGAAUGGAGAGAAGAUGGCUUAUUUGAGGAACUGGGGAGAAGGCUGGGGUUUCAUGCCUUCUGACAAAGCCCUCGUGUUUGUGGAUAACCAUGACAAUCAGAGGGGACAUGGAGCUGGUGGGGCUUCUAUCCUCACAUUCUGGGAUUCCAGACUCUACAAAAUGGGAGUUGGGUUUAUGCUUGCUCAUCCAUAUGGAUUUACCCGAGUCAUGUCUAGCUUCAGCUGGCCAAGAAAAUUUGAGAACGGGAAGGAUAUUAACGAAUGGGUUGGACCACCUAAUGAUAAUGGAGUUAUCAAAGAAGUUACCAUCAACGAAGACACUACCUGUGGCAACGGUUGGGUCUGUGAGCAUAGGUGGCGACAGAUAAGGAACAUGGUGAUUUUCCGUAAUGUUGUCGAUGGCCAACCUUUCACAAACUGGUGGGAUAAUCUGAGCAACCAAGUGGCCUUUGGACGUGGGAAUAAGGGAUUCAUUGUCUUCAACAACGAUGACUGGCCAUUAUCUGAAUACCUGCAAACUGGUCUUCCUGCUGGGACAUACUGUGAUGUCAUUUCUGGUGACAAACGAGAUGACCACUGUACGGGAAUUAAAGUCUAUGUGUCCAAAGAUGGCAAGGCUCAGUUCAGUAUUAGUAACACAGCUGAAGAUCCAUUCAUUGCAAUUCAUGCAGAAUCCAAAUUGUAAUCCAAAUUCAAUUUCCUCAUUUCUAAAAAGAAAAAAAUAAAAUAAAUGUCAGAUUUUCCUUCUUAUACUUAGUAAUGAAAAUUGACCAAUCUCUGAGUAAUGUAAUACUGAUGACACAAUAAACUUUAAUGCUUCUGAA